GUCACUUUAGGGAAAACAGCGAACACUGGAGUUCGAGUUUUAUUUUAAUUCCUUUAACACACAUUGGAUAAAUAAGACAAUGUUAGUUUAGUUUAAAUUUCAAAUAUAUCUAUUAUACAUUAUUCUUCCUAAGAAUUAAAUACAUUAAUCAAAUAUCGAGAAGAAACUUACUAACUUUUUUCUAAGUUUACAUAACCGUUGAAAGUAAUAUCUACAAUGUAUUUAUGUACUAAAAUUGCAUUUAAAACAGUCGGAAGACGAUUUAUGUCAACCAACAAGUUUCGAAGUGUUACGCAUUGUAUUUUUGAUAUGGAUGGUCUGCUCUUAGAUACAGAACUUGUCUACAAGAAAAUGGUCACUCAACUGUGUGCAGCAUAUGGACAUGAAUACACUGAUGAACUUAUGAUGAAGGUUUUGGGGGGAACUGAGCAGCGUUUGUCUGAGAUUCUGUGCAAGGAAUUAAAUCUUCCAGUGUCUGCAAAACAAUUUAGAAAUCAAUUACUGGAACUAGGUGAUACAAUGCUUGCUGGAACUCCUCUAUUAGAUGGGGCAGAAAAAUUAAUAAGGCACCUACACAAAAGUAAAGUUCCAUUUGCAUUAGCAACUUCCUCUAGUGAAAGGUCUGUAGUUACUAAGGUAGCUGCACAUAAAGAGUUGUUCAAAUUAUUUAACCAUAUGGUUAUGGGAAGUAGUGACCCAGAAGUAAAAUUUGGAAAGCCAAAUCCGGACAUAUUUCUAGUUGCUGCAGCUCGAUUUCCUGAUAAACCACAUCCGUCCCAGGUAUCGGCUACUAACUGCCAAAAACAUAGCUUCAGUGCAUUGGAAUAUGUCUCGUUUGCUGAUUAUACGAACAAACAUACAAUGCUUGGUCUUCGAAGACUCUCCACACGGCGUCACAGCGGGAAUUUCAGCUGGCAUGCAAGUGGUUAUGGUGCCUGAUCCCCAUUUAGAUAGAAAACUGACUGAACAUGCCACCAUGGUUCUUCCUACUUUGUCUAAAUUUCAACCACAGCUAUUUGGAUUACCAGCUAUGCACUAGUUACCACCAAGUUGUUACCAGUGUUAACUACUGGGAAUAUUUUCCCACCUUUUACUAUUGGUAACUAUUGGGAAAAACAAAUUCCCACUAGUUACCACCAACUUGGUUUGGGGGAUUUUUUUUCCCAGUAGUUACCAAGGGUAAAAGGUGGGAAUUUUUUCGCCAGUAGUUACCACGAAAAUUUGGUUAGCGUUCAAUACUAAUAAUAACAGUAUAAAUAUAAUGCUUUAAUCAGUAAUCUAUUUAAAGACGAAUUAUUUAUAAUUUAUUCGUUUAUUUAUAAGUCUAUUACUGUUUCAGUAAACUGAUUUAAAAGUGAUCAAAAAUACUCGGUCUUUAACUGAUUUGUUUAUUCGUUCGUAUAAUUGUGACGUUAUUUAUUGAAAAGGACCUUAUUGUCGAUGGCGGUUACGCCAUUGUCAACGAUGCUCCUACACUAAACGACUUAUAAUUUUUUUAAACUCUUUAUUAAUACUAUACUAUUUCUACUGUUUUUAUUAGUAUUGAACGCUAACCAAAUUUUUGUGGUAACUACUGGAAAAAAAAAUCCUACCAGUGGUAAAAAAAUCCCAUUUGUUACCACUGGUAAGAAAUUGGUGGUAACUAAUAGGAAUAACCGUCAGUGUCAGGCCUUUGCAGAAAUUUCAGGGUUCUGUAUUGUACUUUAAGUUAUAACUUAGUUUAUAGGCGUAGGCCAGCAGCACGAAACUUUUGAGUAAAGGCCGUGGCAGGAUAAGGGAUCAUCUUGUGCCAUAUUUUAUGAAAAAAAAAUUUUUUUUUUCAUUUAAAAAUUAGAAGGGGCGAAUGUUGAAAUGUAGUAUAGCACUAAUAACGGGGCACAUUAUCAGAAAAGAAAAUCAGGCCGAAAAGCUAUUAAGGCACAAGAUGUUCCCUUAUUCUGCCACGGCCUUUGCCGGUUUUAGACUUUUAAAUUGGAAACAUUACAAAAUGGGGUCUUUUUAAAUUUAAUUGAAAAAGUUCUUCCAAAUAUUAAUGGCCUCACUUUUUAUAGUGCACAGGUAUUAUUACUUAUUGGUUCGUUUCAUAAACGCCUGCAACAUGAAGUGCAAACGGAAGUCUGUUUCUAUUAAAAGGACUUAAGAAACUAGCGUUUGUUUCUGAAUCCAUACGGGUAUACGAGGGUUGAUUAAAAAAUCGCGGCCUGGCCAAUUGAAAAAAAAAAACUUUUUUCUUUUUUCUGCCGCCAUUUUGAACUGUCAUUAUUCAACUGUCUUCCCGCGAAAUUUCAAUUGGCGUCUAUAUUUAAAAGCAAUACUACGGCAUAUUUAAAGUUACGUGUCGGUAGAUAUCGUGAAAAUGGAGAAAUUAGAGCAGCGUGCUGUGAUUAAAUACCUGCAUAAAAAAGGAUUGACACCGAAGCAAAUUUAUGAUGAUAUGCAAGUAAAGUAAUCCUGUCCAUCAUAUACGAUAGUGAAAAAAUGGGCAGCUGAAUUCAAACGUGGACGAGAUAGUAUCGCAGAUGACCUUCGUCCCGGGAGGCCAACAACGGUGACUAACACGGACAAUGUGGCAAUUAUAUGCGAAAUGAUAAUGAAAGACCGGCGAUUAAAGGUGCGGGAAAUAGGUGACAUCGUAGGCAUCUCUUAUGAAAGAACUCAAAAUAUUAUAGUCAACGAAUUAGGUUUUUCCAAGGUGUCGGCGAGAUGGGUCUCGAGGCUUCUUUCAGUGGAACAAAAAAUCGCUCGCCGUACUAAUCCACGUGAAUGUCUAGACCUGUAUGAAGCCGAUACUCAAGACUUUUUGGACAGAUUUGCUUUUAAAUAUAUUUUUUAAUUAUUAUGGACAAGACGUGGGUCCACCACUAUACACCAGAAACCAAACAGCAAUCGAAGCAGUGGGUUCGUCCUGGAUCUCCGCCUCCCAAAAAAGCCAAAGCAAUUUUGUCGGUCAAUAAAGUCAUGGCAUCUGUUAUCUGGGAUGCAAAGGGAAUAAUAAUGGUUGACUAUCUCCAGAGAGGUAAAACUAUAAAUUCCGACUAUUAUUGCGAGUUAUUACGCAGAUUACGCAAGGCUCUGAAGAUAAAAAGACCUGGAAUGUUGACAAAGAAAGUUAUCUUCCACCAGGACAAUGCACGUCCUCACACGUCACUAAAAUCGAUGGCAGAGAUUGCCAAAUGUGGGUUUGAAUUAUUACCCCACCCUAUUCACCCGAUUUAGCACCAUCGGACUUUGAUCUGUUCCCCAAAAAAACAUAUGGGUGGUAUGAAAUUUUCAAACAACGCCGAGGUCCAAGCUGAGGUGGAUGCCUAUUUUGAAGGUCUCGAGGAAAGCUUGUUCAGAAGUGGUGUAAUGGCUCUGGAAUCCAGAAUUCCAGAUGGAACAAGUGCAUUCAACUCUACGGGGACUAUGUAGAAAAAUAAAAAUAAAUUAAAAACCUGUUUUGUUUUUAAUAUUCAGGCCGCGAAUUUUUCAAUCCACUCUCGUAGUAUAUUAUAUAAUAACGGCGUCCAGUUGUAUUCAAAGGAGGGGCUGUGCUAAAUUUGUAUUAAACUACUUUUUUUUUUGUUAGAUGUCGGACUGAAGGGCUGGCCCUUGUGAAUCAAUAUAUCUGUAUCCUUUAAUAAUAAAUAAAGUAUAAAUUUAAAUUUGACGACCGGCCUAGUGGGUAGUGACCCUGCCUACGAAGCCGAUGGUCCCGGGUUCAAAUCCUGAUAAGGGCAUUUAUUCGUGUGAUGAGCAUGGAUACUUGUUUCUGAGUCAUGGGUGUGUUCUAUGUAUUUAAGUAUUUAGUACCUGGGCGACCGAGCGUUGCUCGGUUAUAACUAUUUAUUGUAAUAUGGUGGUGUAUAGGUGAUAAUCUUAACUACAUUUUUUUACUAAGUUAAACUUGUCUAAAACAAUAAAAAAUAAAAAAUUAUAUAUAAACUUGAACAUAUAAAAAAAAAACAAAAGUUAGUCACCGGGCGAGAUUCGAACCCGUAACACUCGUUUAGCAGUCCGUGUCUUAACCCGCUGGACCAGACGGACAGUGGCCGACAAAACGAAAUUGGCGACCAUAUUCUGCGUCGAAAGAAAAACGCAUGAAAACUCGAAUACACGCGUUUUCCCAAACAUAAGACUAAUCUAGAUAGAUUGUAUACCCCCAAAAACCCCCAUAUACCAAAUUUCAGCGAAAUCGUUAGAGCCGUUUCCGAGAUCACAGAAAUAUAUAUACAAGAAUUGCUCGUUUAAAGGUAUAAGAUAAAUAUUUAUAUAAUAUAUAUAUAUAUAUCCUUGUCUAAGUACCCUCAACAUAAGCCUUAUUGAGCUUACUGUGGGAGUUUGGGGCUUAGUCAAUUUGUGUAAUAAUGUCCUAUAUUUUUUAUUAUUAUUGUAUAUGGAAAUAGUGUUAAAAAGUAAAUGUGAUACGCCACCUCUUUGUUUCAUAUUUGUCUUUUGCUGCCUAUGUAUUAGAAAAGUAAAGUAAUAUCAGCGUUUUUAAAUAUGAAUUCCCUCAGGGGGUUGAAAAGAGGUUGAAAGUUUGUAUCAGGUAAAAAUAUUUCUUUUCGAUUAAAGGAGUUAAAACUUUCUAAUUUGUAAAUAAAAAGCAUUUUCAAAUGUAUCUUACUAGGGUGUUAAAAAGUGGUUGAAAAACAUUUCACAAAUGCGACUUGAAUCUUCUCAAACAUGGUAUUUUUUCCUCUAAGCGGGUUGAGAGCAGGUUGAAAGUUUGUAUAUGGAUCAAUUAUUUUCAAAACAGUUUAUAUUCAAUUAAUACAACCUGUAUAAAAAAUCCGCGCUAACGAAGUCGUGUGCAACAGCUAGUCCCCUAAUAAAUCCAUAAGAACAGAAUCAUGAAAAUCUUUUGUCUGAAGACCAAGUAAUAGUCACAACUAAGCGAAAUUAUUAGAUUUUUUCUGGAUCAUAGUUUUAGAGAUCUAGGCGGAGUAGCUCUCUUUCUUAUAAGGUUAUAGCCGAGUUAGGCCACGUUCUGAAUAGGGGUAAAAACUCCGGAGAAAAUAAUUUUUUUUCCGAAAUUUUACCAAAUUUCGUUUUUUAGGGUUUUUUUGUUUUAUUCAGAAAAAUUAAAUACGUGUCAUACGUAAUGCCACUGAUGAGUGAAUACAGUGUAAAAUAUAUAAAAUGUCAGAAACAAACACAUUACUAGACGUGCAACCUUAACCUUCCUGUUUAAAUUCCCAAUUAAAUUCAUAUGGAAAAAUAAAGAAGUUAUUAAACUUGUUUUUUCGGCUUUAUUAGUUUUUUUCGGAAGUAUUGUGACUGAAUUUUGCAUUGUUUUUUUUUUUUCGAAAGAAACUUGAGAAAAAAAACGAGUCAUUUGGAAAUUGUCUCGUAUUUUUCCGGGUUUUUCCAACGCCAGUUGAGCUGAGGACGACACAUUCUGAUCGUUACUUUCUGAGGACGUCACUUUUUUAGCAUUAUACGAUUUCAAGCGACCGUAUCUAUCUACAGCUAAUCUGGAUGCUUUUAAGUAAGUAUACAUUGUUCGUGUAAUAGGUAUAAAAAAGUGAUAACCUAAGAAAGUUUAACAUCCUCAGAACUCAGAACGAGAAAAAACUCGAAUGUGAUCGCCUAAGAAAGAGACCUACUCCGCCUAAAUCAUUUUAGACGGAUUAUUUCCAUUAGUUCCUACUAGUAAGUAGUUAACAUUUUGGGUUUAUAAAAUACCUAAAAAACAAAUGUAGAUACACGCAGCUACAAAGAUAACUGACUGCCCUGCAUACAAUUUUGUUUGCAGUACAUAACCGUUAGUAUUUAAGUAUGUAGGUCAGUUGUAUAAGAAAUAAAGAAUUAAAUGAAAA